AUGGCAGCCCGUCGCUCCUGGAAUGACUGCCUAGAAUGUAAACAUCGCAGGGCAAAGCCAGCUGUACCGAGGAUGGCGCCACUCCCUCCACCACGCCUACAAGAUAACGUGGCGGCAUUCACUAACACAGGGGUGGACUAUUUUGGACCUUUUCAAGUGACUAUCAGAAGAAGAACGGAGAAGCGGUACGGUGUGCUGUUCACUUGCCUGACCGUACGAGCAGUUCACCUCGAGAUAGCAUCUUCUUUGGAUACCAGCUCCAUGAUAAUGGCAUUAAGAAGAAUGAUGUCUAGACGAGGUAAACCAACAAGAAUCUUCUCAGACAAUGGUACCAAUUUCCGAGGUGCCAGUGAAGAGCUUAGAAAGGCAGUUGCAAGUUUAGACAAAGACGAAAUUCUUAGACAAACCGCCAACGAGAAAAUAGAAUGGAAGUUCAUCCCACCGGGUAGUCCACACAUGGGCGGAUGCUGGGAGAGACUGGUAGGGUCAGUCAAACGUGCGCUGAACAACACGCUGAAGGAACGGUCACCAAGAGAGGAAGUGCUGCAGACCUUAUUUGCCAAAGCCGAGUACUCUUUAAACAGUCGGCCAUUGACUCACGUCUCUGAUGAUCCAAAUGACGAAAGAAGCCUCACCCCGAACGAUUUUCUCGGACUCAACCCGGGAGCUAUACGCGAAACGUAUGGUGCGCCAGGUGUAGCAACUCUGUUUUCAGAUGCAGACAAGCUCCGGAAGCAGUGCAGAUACUCGCAGUGGCUUGCCAAUCACUUCUGGAAACGAUGGAUUAAAGAAUACCUGCCAUCUAUCAACCGACGUGCCAAGUGGCACCGUGAACGACCAGAGCUGAAAGUAGGCGACCUAGUGGUUGUCUGGGACGAAAACGCCCCCCGCAACCAAUGGAGACGAGGACGAGUAGUAGCUGUUCAUCCUGGAAGAGACGGUCGAGUACGUGUGGCGGAUGUACGAACUGCAACGGGUACUCUGCAGAGAUCAACAGCCAGAUUAUGCGUCCUGGAAACUUCCUAA